AUGUCGUAUAGACUAACCCCCGGUGAAUCAAGCCAGCAGCAGGCGGGGUUCGACGACUACUUUGGCCGCCGCUCUGAUUCGGAGUCUGAAGACCGACUAGCUUCCAAGUCAUCCUCCGAUAUCCUAUCCUCGGCCUUUCGUGGCAUCAAGAGGAUUGCGCCUGGUAGACCACCCAAACUUUCCCUGCGCCGACCCGCCGACGUGGUGGCACCACUCCCUCCCUCGGUUACCUCGAAACUCGGCAAGACAUUCCCAGGCGGCCCACGACUGGAGGCUGGUGGGAUCAGCCAGGAGGCGAGAGAGCCCGGGUCCAGCAUGCUUAUUUACAGCAAUUACAAUUUUUUGGACGUCAAACUGGAGUUGCAGAUUAGGGCACCCGACGGCCACCUCAGCGAACGGACUAUGAGCGGGACAUACAGCCCGCCAGGGUUACGGUUCCCCAACGGCGGCGUCAUCGACACCCAUUUCGUUGUGAGCGGCACUUACCUCACUUCGUCAAAACAGGAAUAUGCCCUCUGGGCGUUGGACCUCCGAAACCUGACGUGGAGCCGUAUCGAUGCCGGCGGCGCCGUGUUUAGCCAGGGCAGCUGGAACCGCGGCGUCUUGUGGAAUAGGCGGAACACCUUCGUCGUUCUGGGCAACAGGAAGCGGAGCCUCGUGGAUGACUAUAAUCACCGCAGGAUCAACUUCAGCAAUGUCUGCAUGGUUGAGCUGGAGGCCUUUGGCUUUUACGACAACCCCCGGAAAACCGCCCCCAUGAGCGGCUUUGUCAGUGCCAGUAGUCCGUACACGGGGCCCGGUUUGAGUCUGGCUCGGAAUCCGGGUUUUACCGCCGGCGGGAGGUCCCACAACCGCGCUGCGGAAGAGCUGGGAGAGAAGGCCCUGGCGUUGAGGGAGCUGGCAGACAUGGAUAUUCUCUGCAUCGGUGGCGAGCGGAUACCAAUCAACUCGAGAAUCGUGGCAAGGAGGUGGGGUCCGUACUUUGUUCAGCUGCUGAGGGAGGGCACGGCGACGCAGGACGGCAGCGACGCAGCUACCCUGCGGUCAAACUCGGUGUCCGGACCCAGCGGCCCGAUCCGCAGCUCCAACCUCACCAUCACCCCCGGGAAUAUGAGCGGCAGCACUUUGUAUUCGCUCGGUGGCAUAAGCAGAAGCGGAACCUCCGGCGCAUCGCCAGCGCCAGUCGACCCCGCCGCUAUCAACACGGCCCCGACACCGCGCACCCUCCCCCCAAACAGUCGGCCACGGUGUCUCUAUCUCCCGCACACCUACCUCACCCUCCAAGCCCUCUUGCAUUUCCUCUACACCUCCAGCCUCCCGGCACCCUCCUCCCCGCUCUGCACCCCCCAAAUCCUCUGCAGCCUCCUCCAAAUCGCCUGCCCCUACCGCGUCGACGGUCUCGUCGAGGCCGUCAUCGAGCGCCUACACGGCCUCCUAGACAGCCGCAACGCCGCCGCCCUCCGACGCCGGCGGGUGCCCGGCGGGCGGGCGGCCUUGAGCAUCAGCACCGUCUGUCCCCUGGCGCGCCCGCCCAGCAAGUGGAACGAGCUUGAGACGCGCUACGGGCGAAGUGUCAGCGGGAGUGAGUGGAGCACGUCGGAGGUGGGUGAUAGCGAGCGUGGUGGUGCCGACAGGGAGAUCUGGUCUGGGGAGCUGAGCAGUGUCAUUGGCUUGCAGAAGAGGGGGUUGAGGGGGUUGAUGGAGGGGAGGAGGAUGAGGGAGCGCACAGGGACGGGCGGUGGUGGGGGUGGGCCGUUGAGUGCGGGCGGGAGUGGGAGUGGUGGGCAGGGGGGUGGCGGUGGUGUUGGUGGGGGGCAGCAGUAUGGCCAGGGGAGGGUCGGGUUGGGGAUUGGAGCUUCGUAA